AGAGGUCACGUGAUGCAAGUAUAUUGCUGGCUGUAUUUUUUGUGGUGGGAAUUUAACAAAUUCAGUGUCGUAAGAUGUGGUGUUUGGCUUCUAGUAUGAGCGAGACCGUGUAAGAGUUGGGCGGAGUAUCGACCGGUACAGGUAAUGUGUACAGCACAAAGAAUUCCUUGAUGCUGGCGUGGUGGAGAUGAAGGUGAGAAAGCAGGUGACAGUGUGUGGAGGAGCCAUCUUCUGUGUGGCAGUGUUUUCUCUGUAUUUGAUGCUUGAUCGGGUCCAGCAUGAUCCAGCUCGUCGUCAGAGUGGUGGCAAUUUCCCCAGGCAGAGCCAGAUUUCUGUACUGCAGAACCGUAUUGAACAACUGGAACAACUCCUGGAGGAGAAUCAUCAGAUCAUCACCCACAUCAAAGAUUCUGUGCUGGAACUGACUGAAAAUACAGAGGGACAGCCUGCCAUACUCCCCCAUCGAACUACUAAUGGGUCUUGGAUUGUGCCUUCUGAUGGAUGUCCAUCAUUUCUUUCUGUUUCUCCUCAAGAUUGCCAAUUUGCACUUGGUAGUAAAGGAGAAAAAACAGAUGUACAGAUGCUGGAUGUCUUCUCUCUGCUGAAGUUUGACAACAUUGAUGGUGGGGUAUGGAAACAGGGAUUUGACAUCACAUAUGAGCCUCAUGAGUGGGAUGAGGAUCCCCUGCAAGUAUUUGUUGUUCCACAUUCCCAUAAUGACCCAGGUUGGAUUAAAACCUUUGAUAAAUACUACCAGGAUCAGACCCAGUUUAUCCUCAACAACAUGCUGGUGAAACUUACUGAGGAUCCAAGGCGCAGAUUCAUCUGGUCUGAGAUCUCAUUCUUUGUCAAGUGGUGGGAUAACAUUGACUCCCAGAAGCGAGCUGCUGUCCGAAGGCUGGUGGGAAAUGGUCAACUGGAAAUUGUUACUGGUGGCUGGGUGAUGACAGAUGAGGCUAACGCUCACUACUUUGCCAUGCUUGACCAACUGAUUGAGGGGCAUCAGUGGUUGGAAAAGAAUAUAGGUGUGAUUCCACGUUCUGGUUGGGCUGUUGACCCCUUUGGACACAGUUCCACAAUGGCAUACCUGCUGAAGCGCUCAAACCUCACCAGCAUGCUGAUUCAGCGAGUGCAUUACUCUGUCAAAAAGCACUUAUCAGCCACUAGUAAUCUGGAAUUCAUGUGGAGGCAGAACUGGGAUCCAGACUCCAGCACGGACAUCUUCUGUCAUAUGAUGCCAUUUUACAGUUAUGAUGUUCCCCACACCUGUGGCCCAGACCCCAAAAUUUGCUGCCAGUUUGAUUUCAAGCGACUUCCUGGAGGAAGAGUUAAUUGCCCUUGGAAGGUGCCACCUAAGGCAAUUACAGAAGAAAACAUUGAAGAAAGGGUUAAGUUAUUGUUGGAUCAGUAUCGCAAGAAGUCAAAGCUUUAUCGUAGCAAAGUGGUUCUAAUCCCUCUGGGAGAUGAUUUCAGGUAUGACAAGCCUCAAGAGUGGGACAACCAAUUCGUCAACUAUCAGAAGCUCUUUGACUACAUGAAUUCACAUCCAGAACUUCAUGUUCAGGCUCAGUUUGGCACACUCUCAGAGUAUUUUGAUGCUGUGUAUAAGAAGACUGGUGUGGUGCCUGGCAUGAGACCACCUUCUUUUCCCGUUCUGAGUGGGGACUUUUUCACUUAUGCUGACCGGGAGGACCAUUAUUGGACGGGUUAUUAUACGUCAAGACCUUUUUACAAGAACCUGGAUAGAGUCCUGGAAUCACAUCUGAGGAGUGCAGAGAUCUUAUACAGCUUAGCCAUCAACCAUGCAAGGCAUGUUGGCAUGGAGAGCAAGUACCCACUCUCAGAUUAUUCGAUCUUCAAAGAUGCACGACGAAAUUUGGCACUCUUCCAGCAUCAUGAUGCCAUCACUGGCACAUCAAAAGAAAUGGUGGUGAUCGACUAUGGUGUCAGGCUUUUCCACUCUCUGAGAGAUCUGAAGCGUGUAAUAAUAAAUGCAGCUCAUUACCUUGUCCUUCGAGAUAAAGAGACAUAUCGAUUUGACCAGUCAAGCCUUUUUCUUGAGCCGGAUGACAGACGAUUAAACCACGACUCCUUGCCAGAGCGAACUGUAAUAAAGCUGGAUAUGUCUCCAAGGUUUCUUGUAGUGUAUAAUCCAGUAGAACAGGAGCGAAUCUGCAUUGUUUCUGUCCUUGUUAACACACACCGUGUCAAGGUCCUAACAGAAGAUGGGCAUACUGUUGCCAUCCAGCUUAGUGCUCAGUGGGACUCUGCUACAGACAUGACUCGUGAUGUGUAUCAGGUUUCGUUCAUGGCUCGUCUCCCUGCCCUUGGGAUGAGUGUGUUUCAGCUUUAUGAAUCCUAUGACAGACAUACAACACUGAAAUCGGAAGUUAAGAUUUACCUUCAUGGGCGUGACCUGACUGUGAGCAAGAGAGAGACAUUUUCUGUUAAAGUGUUAGAGUCGAGCACAGAUGAUUUUUACAUUGAGAAUCAACAUAUGCAGGUCCACUUUUCUGGGCUCACUGGCUUGAUGGAGAGCGUGAGAAGAAAGGAAGACCAGCAUGAGCAGAAGGCACGUAUGGAAUUGCUGAUUUAUGGAACACGAGUAGCCAAGGACAAAAGUGGGGCAUAUCUUUUCCUACCUGAUGGAGAAGCAAAGGUUUAUGCUCCCAAGGAGCCCCCAGUGGUUAGAGUGAUGGAAGGACCAUUUUUCUCAGAGGUGGUAUGUUAUUAUCCUCGAUUUCAGCAAACUAUACGACUAUAUAAUGUGCCAGGAGUGGAAGGUCUUUCUUUGGAUAUUUCUGCUAUGGUUGAUAUCCGUGACCAGAGUAAUAAGGAGCUGGCAAUGCGCAUUACUACAGACAUCGAAAGCAAAGACACAUUCUUCACAGACCUUAAUGGAUUCCAGAUUCAGUUACGGAGAGUCUUUAAGAAGCUACCACUUCAAGCAAAUAUUUACCCAAUGCCAACAAUGGCUUAUAUCCAGGAUGAACAGUUUCGUCUGACACUGCAUACUGCUCAGGCUUUGGGAGCAUCCAGUUUAGCCAGUGGUCAGUUGGAGGUGAUCCUUGACAGGAGGUUAAUGCAAGAUGAUAAUCGUGGUCUGGGGCAGGGUCUGAAGGACAACAAGCGUACCUGCAACCAGUUUCGACUCCUGUUGGAGAAGAGGUCCACUGCAAAUAAAGUACAGGAUAGUCGUCCAGUCAGUUUUCCUUCUCUGCUAAGCCACAUGACCUCUAUGCACCUGAACCACCCCAUUAUGGCUAUGCCUGUCAUGUCUGGACGACGGGGCAUCCCACUUCUGAGGUCGUUUAGUCCUUUUACAGCUGCAUUGCCAUGCGAUUUCCAUAUUGUUAACAUGCGAACAUUGCAAUCUGAAGAUAUCAGUUUACCUUCAUUGGAGGCUGCGUUUAUUUUGCACAGAAAAGGGUUUGACUGUGGCCUGGAAGCCAAGAAUCUUGGAUUUAACUGUUCAACAAGUCAAGGGAAGCUGUCCCUAAAUGGCCUGUUUCAAGGUCUGGACAUCCGAAGCAUCCAGCCUGCAUCUCUCUCCCUCCUGUUUACCUCUGCAUCCUAUAACUUCAGCAGUAGCUUGAUUCAAAUAGAACCUAUGGAAAUUGCCACCUUCAGAAUCCGACUUUGCUAACAGGACGUAAAAUAAAUAUGUAGUCUUGAUUGUCUUUAUAUGUGUUUAACAAAACUUGAUGGCAGCAUCCCAAGUUGAGGGGGAAGAGUCAAUUUUCUAACUUUCUGCCAUGUGAGUAACCAAGACAAAGUACACUAAUUGAAAUUGAGGACAUAUGGAAAGGUCAAUAUUAACCAUUUCGAUAAAUUAUUUAGUAAAUGACUGAAAAAUCAUCACAUUGUGCUGAAGAAAUUGGAAGGUCCUGCACAGUUUCAGUGCAUGGAGUGAUGAAGUAUCUUGCACAGUUCAUAUUGGACAAAACAGACAGCUUCCUUGUUAUGUUUACAAGCAUUGUUCAGCAACCUGCCAGGGAUGUAAUAUGUUUCUUUUUUAAUUUGUGUCACUGUGUUUUUUGAGGAGCCUUCCUCAUGUACUAAUGCAGACUGCUAUGAAUAAUGUUGGCACUGAGCAUUCAGAGCAUCACAUCUCUGUAUAACCACUUUGAAGACUAUAAUGGUGAAUGUUUGCUAGCAUGAUUGUGACAUCUUUUGCAACUGCCACAGUGUUUACCAACUGAUUAUUUAAUUUAAUUCUGUCUGUGGAUAAUGGAUGUUCCUCUUAUUUUUCUGUCCUCAUGGGUUUCCUACAGUAAUUUAAUUUGUACAUGCAUCUAUAUGUGAUUUAUGUUUCAAAAGCAACAUGUAAUUUUAAAUCAUUUUAUACAUUAGGGAGAAUUGAGGCCACUUGGAAGGCAGUGAAGUUGCAUACAAACCAAGCUGUGUUAUUUCUUUGGCAGUUGUGCACCAGACAGAAAGCAGAAACUGUUGACAAAAUAUACUCCCCUGUUCAUAUGUCAGAGUGUUAACUUCUAUAAGAAGUCAGAAAGUUCUCCACUUUGGUAUAUGUUGGUCAUAUCACAUCUCAGAAGACUGAGAUGUACUCUAACAAAUGUUACCAUGUUACUGAUGCAACUGCUUUAUCUAAGAAGCAAUAUCUCUUUUUCUUUUAAAGGUUCAUGUUCUUCCCAUUUAAGUAGCUGAGUGGUACUAAAGCACAAUGGGGAUAUGUGACUUGCUCAGGGUCACACAGUCAAUAAAUGAUUCUGGCAAGAUUUGAAACUAGGCCUUUGGGUUUUACGUUUGCCUUCUUAACUUGAUACUGCCUCCUAAUAUGCUUGUCUUUUGUUAUGUAUGCACAGUAGUGUUGACUGGGAUUUGACUUUAAUCCAAGGCAAAACUGUGGAAAGUAAAACACAGCAAAAAGAGGGAGAGGUGAUUUUUUUAAUUUGUGGUAGAUUGCACAAUGUUUAAAUAUAUGUUUGGCCCAGGGGGGCAGCUGUAAUAAAACUAAAUGAACUGA